CAAGAAAUCCCUAACUCUCCCCUCCCCCAAUAUUCUCCCUUUCUUCUUCGAUUUUCUCCGAUCUUUCUGUCUUCGUUCGUCCAAUCGAUCCGUCUUCUUCCCGAUUUUCCCACGCUCCGAUCUUCGUUCGUCCGCUGCUCGUUCCGUCUCACGUUCCACGCCUGUACCGAUAUAUAAUUGCUGAUUGGUUGAUCUCAUAUUUAUGCAGUUAUAUUAGGUGGCCAUGGUUUCUGAAGCAUCAUUUUGAAGAACAGUCCAGGAAUAGGUCAUGAAUUUUUCUGGCUAAUAAUUUGGUUGACGGUUAAUUCUUUCAGUUUUUGUUUUCUUUGAAAGCUAGUUAACUAGGCAAGCAGAGAUGAGCGUAGUAGGUUUCAAUAUUAGAAAUGAGAAUUGUGUUAUUGCUGUGUCGAGGCAACGCGGUAUCGAUAUUCUUCUGAAUGAGGAAUCAUAAUGAGAAACCUCUGCAGUGAUAUGCUUUGGGCAAAAGCAGCGGUUUUUGGGUUCUACAGCUGCUGCUUCUGCAACACUGAACCCUAGAUCCACAAUAUCUCAGGUAAAGAUAUUGAUUGGACGUAACUUCAGUGAGCCAGGAAUCGAUCUCAAAAUGUUUCCUUUCAAAACAUCUGGAGCUCUUGAUGGGAGCAUUUUGGUUCAUGUGAAAUACUUGGGGGAGACUCAUACAUUUACUCCAGUUCAGAUUAUGGGAAUGUUCCUUGCACAUCUGAGGAUGUAGCUGAGAAAAAUUUGAGAGCACCAUUUUCAGAUUGUGUUAUUGGUCUUCCAUCGUAUUUUACAGAUUUGCAGAGACGAUAUUGGAAUGCUGCUGCUAUUGCUGGUUUAAGCCUUUGAGACUCAUGCAUGACUGUACUGCAACUGCACUUAGCUAUGGAAUUUAUAAAACAGAUUUCUCAAAUACAGGUGCAAGAUUCAUUUCCAUUCUCAAUUGGCUUCUCAUCAGAUGCAGACCCAAUUAGCUUAGGAUUAAAUAAUGUACUAUUUCCCAAAGGCCAGCACAUUCCAAAUACUAAAGUUCUAUCAUUCCUGCGCAAUAGUUUAUUCCACUUAGAAGCAGUCUAUAGUAACCCGGAUGAACUACCUCCUGGCAUGUCUUCAAAAAUUGAUUGCUUUACAAUUGGUCCUUUCCAAGGUUCAAACAACUCGAAUUCAAGGGUUAAAGUCAGAGUUCGAUUAAAUAUGAAUGGCAUCAUUACUGUUGAAUCAGCUACAACCAUAGAGGAUACUAUAGAUCAACAAAUUCCAAGGAGAGAUGUUACUCACUCGAACAUAGAGAAGAUGGAGAUCGAUUUUGUUGAUUCUUUCCAUUCAGAGGUAUUGAAGACAUUCCUUUCGGUACUCAAAAAGCUUUAUAUGCAUCAGAAAUAUGGAUUCGCUUAUUUGUGGAGAGGCGAGGCGCAGAUGAAGAGGUGCGGCAGAGGCGCGCGCCUUCCUCCAGGCACAGUAGGCGCAAAAGCCCCAAAGGCGCGGGCUUUAUUAUUUGGGCUAGGCUAUAAUUAAAAAAAAAAUAUUAUACCUAUUAGGUGUUUUACAUAUGGCUAUAAGUCCAACGAAGAAGAUACCGAUGACUAUAAGUUCAAUGAAGGAGUGAAUGAAGAUGAGAAUCAAUUUAGUGAUGAUGAGUUUGAUCUUUAGGAAUGAACUUUUAUUUUGAUUGUUGUUGAAUUCUGACUAGUUUUCUAUUGUGUUUUGUUUUUUGGGUAGAAAACUAAUAUUAUAAUAUUUUAUACAUUAGAGUUAAUUCUCAUUUCCACAUUGGUUAUUUACUUAUAUUUUGUAUAUUGUUGUUCCUUUCAAUUUUGUGGAUAUAUAUAUUAAUAUAUAGUGCGCCUCAUGAAAAAAAGCCCGCCCCUUUUUGUGCGCCUUACGCCUAGGCUCCAGAGGACCAUUGCGCCUUAGUGCGCCUUGAGCCUUUAAAAGCACUGGUUAAUUCUGUAAUAUAUACAUCUUUCACUUUUGGAAAUGCCUAUACUCUCUCUCCCCCCUCCCUCCCUUCCUCUCUCUCGGGAGACAUGCCAAUACCAUCUAAAAAAGCUCAUAUUAUGUUUCUUAUCUCCCAACGUUUUCUUUCCCUGGAAAUUUGUCUCUCAUCUCUUUCAGGGUACUUCACAAAAAUUUUUGGUGUCUUUAAAUAAAUUGAUUUAUUGCAUUUGUCC